AUCAUCUAUAAGAAAUACCAUGGACCCAAUGAUUUAUAAAUUUAUUUUCCUAAAGCCAUUAAUGCCCAUGUACCUCCAUGUAAAAUGAGAUGCACAGGUACCCCUACCAGGGUACUGUUGAUUAUUGUACUUAGGAUAAGACUUUCUGAUGAGUUAGGGCAUUAACAAUUACCAGUCUAUAGCUUUAGCAUGACCUUAGGAUGGUAAGUGGGAAAAUAGAUGAAAAGAGCAAGAAAAUAUAUUUACUAUAUUUUGUUGUGAUUAUCCAAGUUUUAGUAAGAAAAGAAAAAACAGUCUCAGAAGUCCAUGUGCAUCCUGCCUGCCCACCACCGUGGAUUGGAUUUGGAAACAAGUGCUUUUAUUUCUCUGAAGACAUGGGGAACUGGACAUACAGCCAGACUUUCUGUAACUCAUUGGGAGCUGAUCUUGUUCAGAUUGACUCCGUAGAGGAACUGACAUUUCUGAAAAGAUACAAAGGCCCUGAUGACCACUGGAUAGGCCUUGAAAGGGAAUCGCCAAGUCACUCAUGGAAAUGGAUAAAUGGUACUGCACUCAACAGUGUGUUUCAGGUCAGAGGAACUGGGGAGCGUGCCUACUUGAAUGAGAAAGGUGUGAGCUGUGGCAGGAUUUACUCAGAGAGAAAAUGGAUUUGCAGCAAACCCAAUGUCUCCACUCGUCAAAUUGCUUCAAACUCAUGAGCAGAAAAGCCACUUUGUGCUUGUUAUCUACAGUUGCUGAAUGCUCUUCUCAAAGUGUUGACCUAAACAUGUGUAAUACCAGUUGACAGCAAAGAUGAAAAUUAAGUCAGAGAGAAUCGCAGGGAACCUUCCCCCUCCAAAAUGAAACAAUUUGAGAUAACAUCAUUCUAAAUUAAAUAGACCUUUAGGUAGGAGUUAAUACUUGUAACUUGAACCCAGAGAAAAAGUCAGUAUCACUGUGGGGAUCUAGCCCAGGACAGACCACAGGAAUCUAUUUAGCUUUCUUAAGACUCUUUUUACAGGAGCCUGCAUUCUAGAAUAACUUGAUUUUCUGCCCCUGAGCAAGGAAUUCAGAUACAGGCACCCCGGUUUGCAAGAAGGGUGGUGGUCAGACCAGAUAACCAGACCCAUAUCACAAGACCCAGGACUGCCCCCAGAACCGGGACAUUCUUGAAUAUUGGCGCAAAUACUGAUCUCUAAAACCAUAGGCUAAGGAGUGAUGUCCUUUUAAAUGGAUUGGUUAAGAAAGUUUGCAAUAUUACAAAUCUAUUGGCUAUGAAAUGCGUGGGCUCUGCUGUAACGGCCGGGGAAGGCCUAUAUAACAUCUCCUUUGGAGAAGCUCGGGGUCUUUUGCCCAACCUGCUGGACCUGCGUGUCCGUGUAGGCAGCUGGACCCUGGCUAGCCAGUCUUACAAUAAACCCUGCUUGCUGUUUGCAGUCUCUGGAGUCUCUUUGUCGUUAUAGGGAGAUCUCGAUCCGCGCCCUAACAUUUGGAGGACCCAGCGAGAUCUCCCAAUGGCAAACGGGCCCAGAGAGCAGGUCAGAAAAAGGCCAUAAAUUUUGGGGAAUAUUCCAUUUGGUUUCAGGGGAAGGUGCCCCCACUUGGACCGCGGCAGGGAAGUGGCCAACCCUGAUUGGGAGGACAGAUGGUAUUUGGGUCCUCAUUUGGUUUUGGUAACCUGACGCCAGGUGCUGAUUUGGAAAGGCUGACUCCACUGAACAUUCGGACCACGUGGACGCCCAUCGGGCAGUUUGGGAGUCUCAGUGUGAACAUGGUGAGUGGGGUGCGCACCUGAGUGAAAUAGGACCGGUCCGAGCGAGUGCAGGAGUGUGAUUUGUGCGUGUGCCCUUAGUGUGUAUAUAUUUGUCUCAUUAUCUUUCUCUUAGUUCUGCUUAUUAUUAUCAGAGCAGAGAAGGCAGGAAAUGCAAGAUCAUGUGGUUGAGUGUUUAAUAAUAUCAGGAAUGAAAAUGUAUGUCGUUAAGGUGGUCUAUCCUCAUGGUUGAUAAGAAAAUACUAGCUCCCUGCCUCAGAAGUAGUCUUGACCUUAAAAUUGUAACAUCUGACAACUUAGGUUUCAACAACUUUGUCAUGGAUUGUUUUGCCGGCUUCUAUCAACAAAAGCGCUUUCUUGACCUGUUUUUAACAAGCAGGAAACUGGAUGGUGAGGCAGAGAAACGGGGAGCAAUGUUCCCAAUCGGCCGACAGGGCUUAACUUUGCCCUGGGGACUUGUUCCUUCCUUUCUCAGUCUAUCAGUUUUUUCCCUGCCAUUUUUGAAGUGUCAGAUGGGUGGAUCAACUGCAGAUGUGUGCACAUGUAGUGGUGUUUUUAGUCAGUCCAUUGUCUGUCUGUCUGUCUCUCUAUGUGGAACACUUGAGUGCUGGAGCCAGAGUGAAAAUCAGUAGUCAAAAUUAGGCCUGGGGAAAGCAGGAUCAUCUCAAGAGAUCAGAGUGAUAUGCAGUUCAGCAAUUUAAAGGAUCUAUGUGAUUUUGGAACCUGUUAGAUCAGGUUUAAACAAAGAUUUCUUAUCAGAAUGUGGAGCCUAGAAAGAAAGCAAAAUUCUCAAUCUAGAUUUCUUACUGGAAGAACAUUAAUGGCUAUUAACAGUUGUAAUUCUUUUGAAAUUCAGAAUCUGUACUAUCUAGGAAGAGCUGCAGAAGUAGUGCCUAAAACUAAAGUGAAGUAAGAGUUCAGAGGAUAUAAGGCUUUAUCUUUCAAGCCUCGGCCAAUUUUAAGGAGGAAUUUAGCUUUUUUACAAUCAACAGAGGUACAGAAGCCAUCAAAAUAAACAGUUUUCUUAUGUUUCCAUAAAAAUUGACAGCCCAAGUAUUUGGUUAAGAAAAAAAAAAACAACUAACGGGCUCUUUCUGUGUCUAAAAGCAUGUUUCUAUUGUGGAAUUGUUAAAGUUAGAAAGCUCAUGAUUUGAAAUAACUAAGGUAUAAGAACUAUUGAACUUAAGCCAAAGAAGGUUUUCCUAUGCUUCAUAGAAAAUGAUGGUUUAAGGGUUUUGUUAUGCUAGUGUGUUAAUGUAUAUAUAUUUGUUUGUAUUUAUACUGUAUUAUCAGAAUGUGACUAGAAAUUAUUGUGGUAUACUAAAACAAGUUUAAAGAGUAAUGAGUUUAAAAUGUGAGUUUCUAAAGUUACAAAAUUGGUUGCAAAAUUUUUAUCCUAUCAAAGUUUAAAGAUAUUAGGCUUUCACGUGAAUCCAAGUGGCUGCCCCCGACCCCUCCCCCUUCUCAGCUGAGGCAAGUGAGAGCUGAGAAUGGUGACAUAUCACAAUAUUAUGCUGAUUCCAGUCCUGAAAUUAGGAAGUUAAUAUCUAAGUGCUAGAAGUUUUGAAUGCUUUUUGAAUUGGAAAUAUCCAAAAUAUGUAUAUAUGUGUAUUUGUGGCAAGAAAGAAUUUAAGUUUUAAAGCAUUCUGGCAAAAAAAUUUUGUCUCAAAAAUUAUGAAAAGGAAUAUUUGAUCUUCAUACUAAGAAAAAUAUAGAUGAUUUAAAAUU